CCAGCCAGGCCAGUGCUUCCUAAAAUGAGAUUCUUGGGACUUCUGUCAUUCCUGGUACCAUUUGUCUUCCUGGGGGGUGUCCAGGAACCUAGGCCGGUUGAGGGGCUCCUUCUCAGAUCCUGUCCCAAAAUCAAAGUAAAAUGUGAAGUUGAAGAAAGGUACCAGUGCACGAGGCACAGACAUUGCCCAGAUAAAAUGAAGUGCUGCAUGUUCGGCUGUGGAAAGAAAUGUUUAGAUCUCAGAGAAGAUGUAUGCGCUAAGCCAAUGGCCCCUGGCCCCUGCUUGGCCUACCUUCCCCGCUGGUGGUAUGAUAAAGAAACCAACCUCUGCUCCCAAUUCAUCUUCGGUGGUUGCGGUGGGAACCCUAACAACUUCCCAUCUGAAGCUAUCUGCAAGGUGAUCUGCAAAAAAGGAUAUACCAAGAUACACUAAGAGAGGAGCUGGAACAACCUCCAGGAUGUGGCUCAUAAUCUGGGGCUAUCUCCGCAUGUGCCUGACCAGUGCUCCAUGGUGGCUUCCACUGACCAAAUUUCAGCCACUAAAAUCUCUGCUUUUCCAAAAACUGAGCUCCAGCCUUUGCUUACUGUCUUUGCUCCAGCUCGUCUUGUCUACAGACACUGUGCCUUUCACCUUUUACCCGUGCUCAGUGAUUUCCUAUCUCUUUAACUUUCAGGAAGCCCAUUUAUUCCCAUAAUGCCCACAGUUCCACCUAAUAAAGUGUUCU